CACGCGGUUGCCAAGGCCUUGGCUCACCGCGGUGGCGGUGCCGCCGCCGCCGUCCGGGCGCGGGCCGGCGCGAUGGUGAAGCUCGCUGCCAAGUGCCUGCUGGCAGGUGAUCCAGCUGUGGGUAAGAGUGCUUUAGCCCAGAUGUUUCGCAGUGAUGGGGCUCAUUUUCAGAAGAACUACACACUGACAGCGGGCAUAGAAUUGUUGGUGAAGGCUGUAUCAGUUCCAGAGACAAAUGAUAGUGUGGAAUUCUUCAUUUUUGACUCUGCAGGAAAAGAUCUAUUUUCUGAAAUGCUGGAGAAACUGUGGGAGCAACCCAACGUCCUGUGCCUUGUGUAUGAUGUCACUAGUGAGCAAUCUUUCAACAACUGUAACAAAUGGUUGGAGAAGCUGAGGGCUCAAGCAGUUGGGAUGUACAUCCCAGGUGUCUUAGUGGGAAAUAAAACAGACCUAGCUGAUCGUCGAGUUGUGGAGCAGGAACAAGCACAGGAGUGGGCUGAGAAACAUGGCCUGGAAUACUGUGAGAUGUCAGUGAAGGAAAUGAAAAAUUUUGAGGCCCCUUUCCACAUCCUGGCAAAGUUAUUCCACCAACUGUACAAAGAGAAAGUGGAAACUUUUCACUCACUAGCCUGACUGAAUCUGUUUCUUUCCUUCGGCGUGGCUCGCUGUCCCUGCCUGGUGGGAGCUGUGUCGCGUCCAACCGCUGUCACUUGGUGACGCAGUGCCCUCUGCUGGUCCCAGGUCACAGGAGUUCUCCAGAGGCUGCCACCUCCCUUGAAGUGAGCAGGAAGGGCUUCCUGCAGGCACAUCCAAACUGGCGUAGCUGCAAAAUGGAGUGAAAUUGCAAGAAUACCUUUUCUAUUCUAAAGAUGAAUCUAAAACUUACAAAAAAUUACCUUUUCUUCUUCAUGUCUUUAUCAUCUUACAUAUUGUUGUGUCAUUUUUGUCAGCUGAAUUUGGCAAUACUGUUCUGAUUAGGUUCAGCUCUCAAUCUCAAAAUCAGAGUCCUCUUAUUAAAGUCUCUCUGCUUGUCAUUGAAUUUCAGAUAAAAGACCACGGUUCUGAUGUUGCUAGUGGAAACAGAACUAAGGAAAUGAAAGACAGCCUGGCUAAGUUACUCUGACUCAGCUGUGUCUGGCUAGAAGUUUCAUAUUAGAAAGGGUAAAAGCCUAGAGAGAGUUGCUCUAUUGUGUGGAGUACUGAUGUUCCAUGUGUAGAGUCUUUGGUAAUGCAGUAUGCAAAAGCAUCUGUGGUAAGGCACUGCCUUGAACUGAGCCUAACACCAAGAGUUUCAAAAAUUUAACCAUUAUCUUCCCGAUUAUGGUAGACUCCCUUGGGCAAGGGAAGCUGAGUUUUGUAAAGACUGAGCACUGAGUGAUUUUUCAGGCAGCCUUUUCAGGAAUCUGUGUUUCAAGACUUCUAAAUGUGUGGUUUAUAAUCAUUUUUAUACCCAGUGCUAGGAAAAGUGCAUUAAAUUGAACGUAAGAAAUAUGGCUGCAGAUGUUGUAGCAGACUUUAUGAAGCACUUCAAUAAUCUGGAGAAGCAGUGGCCUCAUUUCACUGGCAACAGUGUGUUGAUGCUGAGAACUCACUAGGGAGCAUGAAUACCAGUUAAAGAGGAUGAGUAGCAGCUCAAUCUAUAAGAAGUAAAAACAAGAGGUUCUUUUGCUAAAAGCCAACUCAAAAAUGACAGAACAAGCUGGGAAAGCUCCUGCUUUCUCCAAAGAAGGAAGGAGUCCUCUAUGGACUUAGAGUAACUAGAAGACUCACUCUUUUUCAACCGGAUUAGCAUUACUGGCAUUUGUAUCUAGCACGGGUUUUCUUGUUAAUCCUGGGUGUUUUCUGUUGAUUUACAUAGGCCUUAUAGACUCUUCUUUGCAGGUGCUGGUAUCUGCACCUUUUAUUCUUACUCUGACUAGUAAGAAUAAAAGCUAUUUUGGAUGCUGUGCUGAUCCAGUUAAAGAACUAAAGAAGCUUUGUUUUUAUUUGGUAUUUCAUUUCCCUCUGGUUCUAUUGACAAUGUGAUCACAAAACAAGACUCGUAUUUUUUCAUAUUGAAAAUAACAUACCAGCUGUGUAUGUCACCUGUGACCUGGUGUGUCUAGGGGGAAGAAUGCCUUGGGAAUAGGUAAUAAAAUGAAUUCUGUGCAAUCUUUAACCAGGGAAUCUGUCUCUCUGCACAUGAAGGACCUCCCAUAACUUCAAAUAAACACUCUAAAUGUACCUGUAAGAUGAAGAUUGGUGAAUGCUGUUUUAUAAAAUAAAUGCAAAGGCUGGAGGAGCUCAUUAAGGGAA